AUGGCCGCGCUCGGCGCCCGGCUGCGCGGCGGCCGCCCCCUGCUCCUCCUCACCUGCCUCUUCGCGCCCUUCCUCGGCGAGCCCGGUCCCGCCGCCGGCCGCGCCCCUCGCGCCGGUUUAUCUGAACCUUCUUUUAUUGCUAAAAGUGAAGAUCGUUUGUUUAAACAUUUAUUUCAAGACUAUCAAAAAUGGGUUCGUCCAGUGGAACGGUUGAAUGAUACAAUAAAAAUAAAGUUUGGUCUUGCAAUCUCUCAGCUGGUAGAUGUGGACGAGAAAAAUCAAUUAAUGACGACAAAUGUUUGGUUGAAGCAGGAAUGGAUAGAUGUAAAAUUAAGGUGGAAUCCUGAGGACUAUGCUGGAAUAACAUCUAUUCGUGUCCCAUCAGAUUCUAUUUGGAUUCCAGAUAUUGUUUUGUAUGACAAUGCAGAUGGACGUUUUGAGGGAACAUCUACAAAAACUGUGGUAAAAUAUGAUGGUACCAUUGCUUGGACUCCACCAGCAAACUACAAAAGUUCCUGUACUAUUGAUGUAACCUUCUUCCCCUUUGACCUUCAAAAUUGCUCUAUGAAGUUUGGUUCCUGGACUUACGAUGGCUCACAGGUUGAUAUAAUUCUAGAAGAUUAUGAUGUUGACAAGAGAGAUUUCUUUGAUAACGGAGAAUGGGAAAUAGUGACUGCAACAGGGAGCAAAGGAAAUAGAACUGAUGGAUGCUGCUGGUAUCCAUUUAUUACAUACUCAUUUAUAAUUAGACGUUUGCCACUUUUUUACACGUUGUUUCUCAUUAUUCCCUGUAUAGGACUCUCAUUUUUAACUGUUCUCGUCUUCUAUCUUCCUUCAAAUGAAGGUGAAAAAAUUUCCCUUUGCACUUCAGUAUUGGUUUCUUUGACUGUUUUUCUUCUUGUUAUUGAAGAGAUUAUUCCCUCAUCUUCUAAAGUUAUUCCACUUAUAGGAGAGUACUUGGUGUUUACCAUGAUAUUUGUGACAUUGUCCAUUGUGAUAACAGUUUUUGCUAUCAAUAUUCACCAUCGGUCUUCAUCUACACACAAUGCUAUGGCACCUUGGGUCCGCAAGAUAUUUCUUCACAGACUUCCUAAGCUGCUUUGCAUGAGAAGUCAUGUAGACAGAUACUUUGCUCAGAAGGAGGAAACAGUCAAUAUCAGUGGAUCAGAAUCAUCUAGGAACACCUUGAAAGCAGCUCUAGAUUCUAUCCGCUACAUUACAAGGCAUGUCAUGAAGGAGAAUGAAGUUCGUGAGGUUGUUGAAGACUGGAAAUUUAUUGCUCAGGUGCUUGAUCGAAUGUUCUUAUGGACUUUUCUUCUGGUUUCAGUAAUUGGAUCACUUGUGUUAUUUAUUCCUGUUAUUCAUAAAUGGGCAAAUAUAAUAGUACCUAUGCACAUAGGAAGUACGAAUACAUAAAAUAUUUUUGGAUCUGCCUCCAGCUGACAUGGUUCUGAAAAGGUCCAUAGUAGCUCUGUUUCCAUGCAAGUUCUUUGUAGUUGUGUUUCCGAUAGAAUGAAAAAAAAACCCAAGAACAGAAAAUGAUACUAUGUUAAAACAUGGCACCCAGGACAUGAGGAAGUUGAUUUGCUUAGUGCUAAUCUACUAAUUCACUUCUAAAUCUGUUCAGAAUCAAGAGGACCUUCUCAAACACUUGCAUGUAUGGUAUGUCAAAAAAUAUACUCUGACACCUACUAAGAAAUACAAGAAUUUAAAGUUUUUUAAAGAGGAUCAUUGUAGACCAAAUAUUAAAUUGCUAUGUA